CAACAACAACAACAACAACAACAACAACAACAACAACAACAACAACAACAACAACAACAACAACAACAACAACAACAACAGCCAAGCUCGGAUAAUGAUAGUAUAUUUUUGCCAACAACUCUUAUAGUGGAUUGUGAUUUGGACGCCAUCGAUCAUCCAUCUUUACGAGAACAUUCACGCAACAAAGGAUCAGCAAUAUCACAACAACAUACAUCAUCAUCAAACCUUGCCGAAUCCACCACGACAAGUCGCAUUGUGCUCGAAACUUUACAGCAACUGUUUGAUAUCUCGAUGAUUCCAAAAUUAUGUGUGGUGGAUGUCCGGUUGCGCAAUUCAUCUCUUAUCAAUCUUUCUCCUUCAGAUCGACCUUACCAACGUUGUCCUCGUACUCCUGAAUCAUCGAAACUUUGUGUCGAAACCCCACAAGAAGAAACCAGCAACCACUUUUAUCUUCAAAUGCUCACUAAGCCAUUCAAGAACACCAAGCUUAUCCAAUGUCUUCAUCUCUUAUCAAGUCCUGUUCCUACUUCGUCUGUCUCAUUACUACAAUCGUCACCAAUGACAACAACCGAACAAGUAGCAAAUCCUUCUUCCUCUUCAUUUGUAAGAAACGGUUGGGAUUCUUUUCUUCGCUUUACUGGUACUAUUAACACUGGGUUAGGGAACAACAACAACAACAACAACAAAGUGAUGAUGACACCAAUACCGGAUGAUACAAUGAACACACCUACCUCAGGUACAUAUAUAUCAAUGUUGGCGCCCAACAAUUCUAUUGGUUCUGGCAAACAAGCGCAACUUCCAGAUUGGUCUGAAAAAUUGACUUCAGUACGUGCAUUACUCGUAGAUGACAACCCGGUGAAUCAAAAGGUACUAACACGGAUGCUGAAUCGAUUGGGAUUGACAUGCGACGUGGCUCAAAAUGGACGAGAAGCAGUGGAAAAAUGGAUCACAUCGGAGCAACAAGGUAUACCUCUUCAAUUGAUAUUCAUGGAUGUGUUUAUGCCGGAAAUGAAUGGUUUGGAAGCAACGACAAAGAUACGCUCAGAAUCGUCUACUACGGCCACUCGUCCUUAUAUCAUUGCGAUGACUGCUUGUGUGAUGGCUGGAGAUAGGGAAAAAUGCAUUGAUGCUGGAAUGAAUGGUUAUGUCAGUAAGCCAGUGCGGAAAGAGGAAUUGGAAGCAGCUAUCCAUACGUUUACUCAAGUAGCAGCAAGUGAAAAGAAACAAGGCGAUACUAGCAUCGACUAGAAAAAUGAACUAAAUGGGAAAGAUACUGAAUUCAGAUUAGUGCUUUUUUUUUUAUUUAAAAUCAAUCAAUAAAAAAAAAAAACAUCAUAUUU